CUAGCUAGGAAAAAAAUCCCUUGUGACUCGUGCUUAGUAACUUAACCUAGAUGUUUUGCCAAGCCAAACCCAUAUCCACUGCUAAAAUGAUUCAUGCAUUCGGCACCGCCACAGGCACAACCGCCGUUCCGUCAUCCACUCUAAUCCGAUUUAAGUUAUACCACAAUGAAAGACUACGAAAACCCUUCAAAUUGAAUGCCACUACUAUAUUCCAGAAGCAACCAGGCAGCCCACCGAACUUAAUUCUCUCAAGAGCCCACAGUACCACUGAAUCCAACUUAAUUACCGAGGCCGAAGAAUCCAGUUGUAACAAGUGGGAAUUUCAAAGCGAAGAGAUUGUAGAACAAGAAGAUGAGGAUGAAGAGUGCCCAUGGGAAGGUGCAAUUAUUUACAAACGGGACCCGAGUCGUUCCCAUUUGGAAUACUGCACUACUUUAGAAAGAUUGGGUUUGGGAAAGCUUUCAUCGGAGGUGUCAAAAUUUCGGGCUUCGGAAAUGGGUAUUCGGGUUACCAAAUCCGUGAAAGAUUAUCCGAAUGGGACGCCGGUUUUGGUUUCCAUUGAUGUGACAAGGAAGAAGGGGAAGAUGCGAUUAGAUGGAAUUAUCCGAACUGUUCUUAGUCUUGGCUGCAACAGGUAUUUAGUUUACAGCUUACUAUCUGCUUAUGCCUUCGUACUUUUGGUUGAUUUCUUAUCUUAAUUGUUUGCCUAUACGUCACAGUGCUUGUUUGAUGUUUGGAUAAGCUUAAAGAAGUCACUGACAAGUAAAUUUUAAAAUAAUUAUUCUUUA